AGGAGCAAAUAUAUUUUUAUAUUUUUUUCUGUUUUUGUGUGUGUUUGUGUGUCCACAAAAAGGACAGAACGAAGAAUUAUUCUAUUUUUUGCUGGCCUGGAAUUGUCAUGGGAAAUUUAUUUGCGUUGCUAUGAAUAUUGAACUUGGUACUUGGUCGAAGUGGCUUCCAUUAAUAUUUCCUCCUUUUCCAUAAGGAAGCUCUUUCUGUGAAUUGUUGAAAAUUUCUUGAAUAAAUAUUUGAAUGGCAAUUUUCGAAACUCAGAAAAGACCCCUAAAAGGAUCAUUAGAAAAACUUUUUCUUAGUUCCGCCGCGGCCAUUAAGAAGAGCAGCAGCAGCUUCCUCUUCUUGAGCAAUUUUCGCCUUUAUCCAAUAGUGUGCAGAACAAACGACAGCCAAAACGGAUGGAAUAACUAUCAGCAUAAUCAACGCCACCGAUACACUUGCAACACGUGCUGUGUGCUCUUCGUUACCUGUUCCGGAAGAGCGAUUAGAAAAUCUCAUUAGGCAAAAGCUCAAUACAUUAAGAGGCUAAAAUGUUUUUUGAAAGGAAAACAAAAAAACAAACAAAAAAAUAAUGUUGGCUGUUGAUGUUGAUGAUGGAAAUGGUGAAACAGAAAACAAAAUAAAUGAGGGCAAAAGUUGUGAUAAAUGAACAUCAAUAUCAUCUUAAGGGUUUCGAAAAAGGAUACGUAUCAGAGGAUAUCCUUCAAUCGAGAAAUUCGCAGCCUAACGUCUUCCGUUGGGUAGAAGCUUACAGGAAGCAUGGACACAAAUUGGCAUCAAUAAAUCCUGUGGCCUUCAAACCAAAUUCAAGUUCAUUCGAUGAACUAACACCGGAGUACUAUGGACUUAGAUCUGACGACAGAAUAACACCGCGGGGAAUAUUGAAUGUCUCAGACAUUGAAUCUACUACCACCGUAGGAGAGAUUCAAAAAAUCCUUAACGAUAUUUAUUGUAAUGCUGGAGCUAGUGUUGAGUUUGCUUACAUUGAAAAUCAAGAAGAACGCGAAUGGCUGGCAGAGAAUUUCGAAAAACUAAGAAAACAAAAUGUCAGCACGGAUGGGCGAAGAAAAAUUGCAGAACUUCUUAUCAAAUCUCAGGCAUGGGACAACUUUCUGGCAGCAAAGUUUCCCACCGUCAAACGGUAUGGUGGCGAAGGUGCCGAGAGCCUUUUGGCUUUCUUUUGGCAGUUAUUUGCGAGUGGUGUUGAAGAGAAGUUGCAGCACAUCGUUGUGGGUAUGCCACAUCGUGGUCGGGGAAAUUUACUGACAACGAUGUUGAAUCUAAGACCGGCAAAAGUUUUUCGCAAAUUCAAAGGCGAAUCGGAGUUUGCCGAUGGUGUGAAUGCAAUGAGCGAUGUUGUUAGUCAUUUCCAUGCUGCCGAAGAGUUGGACAUUGAUGGGAAGAAAAUACGAGUUAGCAUCUUAAGGAAUCCAUCGCAUUUAGAGGCAGCUAAUCCCGUAUCGAUGGGUAAAACAAGAUCCAAGCAACAAACAGCUUCUGAUGGUGCCUUCAGCGAAGACCCCGAGAAACCCUUCUCCACAUCCGUCCUAAACGUUAUCCUCCAUGGAGACGCUGCUCUCCCUGGUCAAGGUGUCAACCAAGAAUGUCUCAAUAUGGCUUAUGUCCCACAUUUCGAAGUUGGUGGAACCAUUCAUAUGGUUGUCAACAAUCAAGUAGGCUUCACCACCCCAGCCGAAACAGCACGCUCUACCGACUAUGCAACAGAUUUGGCCAAAACCAUCCAAGCACCAGUAUUCCAUGUUAACGGUGACAAUCCCGAACAGGUUGCCAUUGUAACGCAACUAGCCUUCGCCUACCAACGAAAAUUUCGCAAAGACGUCUUCAUCGAUAUGAAUUGUUUCCGACGGUGGGGUCACAACGAACUCGAUGACCCAACAUUCACCAAUCCGGCUUUGUAUUCGGUCAUUGAAAAUCGCAAAUCCGUUCCAGAUACUUACGCUGAGCAUUUGGCCAGUGCGGAGAUACUCAGUUCAAAUGAAGCCAACCAAGUGCGAACCAGUUUUAUGAACUAUCUAACCGAUGAGCUAGCCAAUGUCAACUCCUACCAACCCGAACCAACAUAUUUCCAAAGGCAAUGGAGUGAAUUGCAAUCAGCGCCCAAUGCCAUAACCUAUUGGGACACUGGCCUAGAUUAUUCGCUGCUUCAUUACAUUGGCACCAGAAGUGUUCAAUAUCCAGGCGGCUUUAAUAUCCACCCACAUUUACUCAAAACCCAUGUCGAAGGGAGGCUGAGGAAAUUAAAUUCGGGCCAGAAAAUUGAUUGGGCCACUGCCGAAGCCCUUGCCAUUGGAAGUCUCUUGUACCAGGGACGCAAUGUUCGACUAAGUGGUGAGGAUGUUGGUCGUGGGACAUUCUCCCAUCGUCAUGUUAUGCUGGUCGACCAGAAAACCAACGAAAUGUUCAUCCCUCUGAACAGCAUGGAACAAGUACAUUGCGGGAAGCUGGAAGUGGCUCAUAGUAUCCUUUCCGAAGAAGCAGUGUUAGGCUUCGAGUAUGGCAUGGCCAUAGAUAACCCAAAUAAUUUGAUCAUAUGGGAGGCCCAGUUUGGGGAUUUUGCCAAUGGUGCCCAAAUCAUUUUCGAUAACUUCAUAUUCACAGGCGAGACAAAAUGGAUGGACUCGAAUGGUCUGGUGAUACUAUUGCCACAUGGCUAUGAUGGUGCUGCUUCGGAACAUAGCAGUUGUCGCAUAGAGAGAUUCCUGCAAUUGACUGAUUCUAAGGAGACCAGUCCGGACGGCGAUGAUGUGAAUGUGCACAUUGUGAAUCCAACCACACCGGCCCAAUACUAUCACCUGCUGAGGAGACAGAUUGUGAGGAAUUUCCGAAAGCCACUUAUAGUGGUGGCUCCGAAAACCCUCCUCCGGCUAUCAGCUGCCACCUCGGUGCACACCGAUUUUCAGCCGGGAACGUUUUUCCGAAAUGUUAUAGGGGAUUGUGAUGUGUUGGAGCCUGGCAAGGUCGAUAAAGUUAUUUUGUGCAGUGGAAGGCAUUAUUAUACCCUAAAUGAUGAACGAGUGGCAAAGAAGAUUGGAAAUUGUGCUAUUGUUAGAGUGGAGUCAUUGUGUCCUUUUCCAGUACACGAGAUUCAGGAAGAAUUGGCCAAGUACAAAAAUGUCAAAUCAAUAAUUUGGAGUCAAGAAGAAUCACGAAAUGCUGGCGCUUGGAGCUUUAUACGCCCCCGCUUUGAGCACAUGAUUGGAAAACAGUUGAAAUACUGUGGACGUGCCGAAGCUGCAACAACAGCAACUGGAAUUGGUAAAAUUCACAAAAAGGAACUCGAAGAUAUCGUCCUGAAUCCAUUUAGAGCCUAAAGACGUGUGGUUGUAUAGAUGUUGUAUCUUAAGAUUAUUUUGUUCUCUUAGUUUGUGAUGUAAGUUUGUUUGAAUUUAGUUUUUUUUUUUCUUCAUGCCCGUUUUUUUAUCAAGAAUAAGGAAGUGUAUGUAUAUAUAAUAAAAAGGACAUUUUUUUU